AUGACCGAUCCCGGCCCCGACUUCGACCCCGCGGACCUGAGCAGCAAGCGCGAGUGGGAGAAGAUCGGCGACGGGUCGUUCGGGAACGUCUACCGCGCCACGCUCCUCGGCGUGCCGGUCGCGGUCAAGGAGAUCGGAAGCGCGAAACCCGAUCGCGUCGCGGGCCUGAAGCGCGACAUGCAUUACCUCCGAAGGUUCCCGCACCCGAACGUCGUGCAAGUCUUCGGCGCGUACGAGGAAGACGGCAAGCUGUUCAUGGUCAUGGAGCUCUGCGCGCACUCGCUGCGGUCGAGAAGCGUCGUGAACCGCGUCGACAUCGUCAGCGUCCUCGCGGACGUCGCGCGCGCGCUGACGAAGCUCCAUCGCGCCGGUCACGUCCAUCGCGACGUGAAAGCCAGGAACGUCCUCGUCGGCAAAGGGUACGACACCGCGAAGCUGUGCGACUUCGGGCUCGCGCGCGCGAUGCCGGACGAGCGUCGGCCGGAGGUGAACCCGGAGAUGACGCCGCGGAUCGGGCCGCCGAAGUACCGCGCCCCGGAGGUGGUGAAGCGGAGGGAUUACGACCUCUCCUCGGACAUAUACGGGUUCGGCGUCAUGUGCCAGCAGCUC